CGUCAAUCUUUUCUUAAACCACGUCAUUAUAGAACAUCGUGUUCGCCAGCGUCCGCGCCAAAACCCGGUUGUUCGCAAUGUCAACGUUCGACUAUGUAGAGAUUCCUCCAGACGUGAUUCGUCUGCAAUCAUCUCCAGCCUCCAAUCCCGUCCGCCCGUUCACCAAAAUCAGCACAUCAUUGCCAUCAUGCUCGCCCGCUACUGCAGCUGCGGUUGCAGCUGCGGCCAGCACCACCUUCAGUCCGACAAAGUCACUGUCCACCCUGCUCCUUAGCACAUCUCUUCCAGCUUCUAUUCCAACUUCCGCAAGCCCUCGCAAGUCCAGUACGGCUCUGCUGAGCACGAGAGACCCGCUCAGCAUCCCAAUCACGACCGUCAAUUUCAGGAGGUUCGUAUCUAGAGUAGGCCCCGUGUUUUGGUUGCAGGAUCGAGUGGAGGAGAUCCUUAUGUGGAGAUGUGGGUGGAAAUAUACUGGUGUCUGGAUUGCUUGUUACGCGUUCUUGUGCUACUUUCCUCGCAUGGUGCUCCUUCUACCGCAUGCUAUAGUAGCAGCUAUAAUUCUCUCGACGUAUCCUACCCCUUCUCCAUCAGAAUCAAUAUCAACGAAGAACCCACCUUCUCCAAUUGCGCCUCCACCCUCAGAAGGCAGUGUAGACUGGCAAGCGAACCUUCAAGCGAUUCAAAAUCUCAUGGGCGCGUUCUCUGAUGCCUACGACCUCCUCUCACCCCUUACUCCCCACCUUAUCCACCGUUCCACUCAUACCUCGCUCGUCCUAACGUUCACCCUCCUCUCUUUCCUCUUUCUACUGCCUGUCCUGCCUUUAAUCCCCCUCCGCCUGCUAUUCUUUGUCCUGGGAGUAUCACCAUUCAUAUGGACGCAUCCAUUCACGCAAGCACAAACCAUACCCCUGCUCAAAGCUGCAAUAAAUGGUGGUAUCGUAAAGGGAGGCAACGCGAGUAACACACUACUGGGAAUAACUAGCAAAUAUGCUUCCCUGAAGAUGAAGCUCCGCCGCUGGAUCGACGAUGACAGACUCGACGACAAACAUUGGGGAGCCGAGAUGCGGGAGGUGGAGCUAUGGGAGAACGAGAGGUGGGCUCCGGGGCCUUCUUCAUCGUCCUCGUUCAGCACGCAGGAUGAUCUUGAUGCUGCGGGUUCGGGGUUUGAUGUUGGAGAUGGAUCCGGAAGUGCGUUAGUAGGUCCGGGAGCUGGGACGUGGAGCAAGACACACCUGAGGCCUGCUGAUCGCGCGCCAUGGACGAAGGCGAGAGAUGGGUGGAGUGGAGUGGGCGGUGAAGUGAGCAACCUUACGUUCUCGCUCGCACCGGGUUGGGCAUUUGUAGAGACAGAGGGGUGGAGGCCGGACGCGCUGGGGAACUGGGUCUAUGGCGCUUCUGGUUCUGGGGACGGUGAUCCUGCCUAUGGGGCGGACGACAACGGCUGGGUGUAUACUAAUGACGUCUGGGCUGAUCCGCGCCGGAUGCCUCUUGAGGCGUGGAAGGCGUCGGGCAUGACUAGGCGGAGGAGGUGGGUGCGGAGAGUGUAUUUUGAUCCAGCAUUGGCUGAGAGUGCGUGAGGAGUAUGGGAUUUGGUAUGACUGUUGUGACAUACUAGACUGCUAAUCAUAAUCGUUUGCAAUUCGUGU